AUGGCGUUGUCUAAAAGAGGUGUUCGUGUCGGGACUAACUCCUGUCAUCUAUGUUCCUCAGGGGUUGAUGACACUGAUCAUUUAUUCACGGGUUGCUCUUUUGCCGAAGAUAUUUGGAAAUGGUUGUGCCAUUGGUGCGGUAUUCCCUUUCGAUCGUUCAAUAACGUCUCGUUGUUAGUGGAGUUUGCGGCUAAUUGGGGUCAUUGCCCAAAGAAAAAGAGAAUUUUUCUGGUGAUUGUUUAUGGAUUCCUAUGGUGUAUUUGGAAAGCGAGGAACGAAAAUGUGUUUAGAUCUACUUGUGCUAAUGCUCCUAAGGUGGUGGAUAAUAUUCUUGCUUUGGUGUUUGAUUAG